AUGGUCAAGAAGCGGGCGUCGAACGGACGCAACAAGAAGGGACGCGGUCACGUUAAGCCGAUUCGAUGCUCCAAUUGCUCGAGAUGCACCCCAAAGGACAAGGCCAUCAAGAGAUUCACAAUCCGCAACAUGGUUGAGUCCGCUGCUGUCCGUGAUAUCUCCGAGGCUUCCGUUUUCGAGGAAUAUGCUGUCCCAAAGAUGUACCUGAAGCUCCAGUACUGCGUCUCCUGCGCUAUUCACGGAAAGAUUGUGCGUGUUCGAUCCCGAGAGGGCCGCCGCAACCGUGCGCCACCACCAAGACUUCGAUUCCAAAAGGACGCCAAGAAGUUGAACCCCCAGCAGGCUGCUAAGACUGCUAAGCCAUAA